AUGCUACCCUCAUCGAGUGAAGGGGAAAGACACUACACCAUGGUCGUUCUCGACACCCAAGGCUUUCAGCGUGCAGCAGCCGCACCGUUUAUAUUAGAUCGCUCUAUAACCGAUGAAUUUAUCCAGGCCAUGGUCGUUGAUCUAAGUGAUAUCGUUAUUUACGUUGUGAACACGUUGCGUAUCGCAGAUCAGUUAAAAAUUCGUUUUUUACAAAAAGAAAUGGCGUCAAAAGACACAGAAAAUAAAAAAAAACUGUUUAUUUUGCAUAAUUUCAUGCAUCUAUUUGAAACAACAGAUGUUCAAGAAUACAUUAAAACGGAUAUAAUCGAUGCAUUUGGUGGCAAAGAAAUUCAAAAUCCUGAGGGUGAAUUGUGGUAUCAAAGUAAAAUGAUCUCAAAAUUUCCCGUUGUUCAUUUCAUUAUGGCAAAUGCAUUUAGCGAGGCAGGUGUAUAUUAUAACGCAAAAACGAUUCGUUUAAUUCAGAAAUUUAUUGGUACCUAUCCGACGACAUCAAGAAAAAUAAACAUGACCGAAGCGGUCAUGGAACACUUACACAACGUUCUACCAUCUUAUUUUUAUCCAACUAGUUUGAAGUCUCGCGCUGAGGCUCUAGGUGCAAAUCAAACGUUUAUCGAAGUUGUUCAGUAUUCACAAAAUGUAAUCACCAGAUUUUAUAAACAAGCAACGCACACUGUGCAAUCGACGAAAUCUAAAGUGUCCAGUUGGCUUUUUGGGAGCUUAAGUAAAGAAUCCAAGAAGCAAACUCCCCAUGACUAUUUUGAAAUUGCUUACGUCCCAUCAGAAGAACUUAACAGUAGUAAAGGUUAUAUUCGGUUAGUUGAACCACGUAAAUUACAAUAUCUACCAAUGGACUCCAUAAGCGGUCGACCCGACUAUUUUCCCAAAAUUAGUGUCGAUGAACUCAUCUCUAAUGAUAUCUGGAAGUUGUAUAUCGAUGCGCCUGGUAGUGAGGACAUUCAGUGGAGUGUUCAAUUUUUUGAAAAUGAUUUACCACUGUUUACCAUUCAAGCGAGACGAGAGCUUCCCCAGGAUUAUUCUCAAAAAUCAUCAGCGUUUCGAAAAGCACGAGAUGUCCUUCAUAUUGAUCGUUUUACAGACAGUUUCAUUUUGCAUAACGUUUUGAAUGCGCGUGAGAUGGCUUAUACGAUAAAAACGCAAGAACGCCAGUUUGGAAGAUGGGUGCGACAUGUUCAAAUAUCCUCGGCUGUGAUGACGGAUACGAUCAAAACUGAAUAUAUCGACGGUGUUAUUAUUGUACAAGGAAAAUUACGGACAACCAGUGCGAAUUCAAGGUCGACCGAUUUGUAA